AGCUGGACUAUAACUAUUGUGAGCGCAGAUUUAUUGGGUCUUUAAAUUGAAGUCACAAUGAUAAAGUGGUAAUGCGGUAGUGUAGCAUAAUAAGAAUAAUUUGCACUGAGCCUAGGAAGCUUUUGGAGCAGAACGCGGAAGUGAGGCGGGACUUGAUAUGUGCAUGGGGUUUACAAGGUGCACUUGAAUGCAUCAUAAGGGAGGAGUUAGCAGUGAAGUUUAGCCUAGCAGGAAACACCGAAGCUACCUCCGCAGCGGUGGAAAAAGAAGGAGCAGUUUUUAGUUUGUAACCGGUGUUCAGACGUGAUUUUUCCUCGGCAAACACGCUGUCGCUUGGAUCCUGGGAGUACUCGCUGUCGCUCUGGACACAUUUUUCUUGACUUUUGUAUGAGGAGAGAGCUCCUAGCCAACUAAAACACCGGACACUGGCCGGAGGUGGAAUCUUUACCCAGCGUCUGAGAACGGUGGACAUCGGCUGAGCAACGGCCGUUUUGAAUCAGCGUGUCAGUGGGCCCGCAGGCUCCACGCCGGUGCUGAGUCAGGAUGAAGAGGUUCAGGCGACACGGCCAGGAGUCCCAGAGGGAUCGAGUCAAACAGGAGCUUUUCCAGUUCAACAAGGCAAUUGAGCAUGGAUUCCCCCACCAGCCCAGCGCUCUCAGCUACAGUCCCACCCUGCAGCUGCUGGCCAUCGGCACCCGCUCCGGGGCCAUCAAACUGUAUGGAGCUCCAGGUGUGGAGUUCAUGGGUCUACAUGAUGAGAAUGCUGCCGUCACACAGGUGCACUUCCUCCCCCACCAGGUUGAACUGGUGACUCUGCUGGACGACAACAGUCUGCACAUGUGGACUUUAAGAGCCCACAAGGGACUCUCUGAACUUUUGGAGAUAGGACGCUUCACUCUCACUGGACCACCUGGUGCCCCUCCAAGUGUGACCAGAGUGACGGCAGUGCUGGCUCACUCCUCAGGGGAGCUGCUGCUGUUGGGGACAGAAGGAGGACACGUCUUCAUAGUUGAAGUCCCGGGGUUCAGAGAGCUGGAAGAGAGAAACAUCAGCCUCGAUCAAGUCGCCAACAGUGUGCCAGACGACUACAUUGGCCGCAGGAAUCUGGAGCACGUAGAGGCCUUACAGGAGAACCCAGUAAACCCAAACCAGGUUGUUAUCGGUUACGGGCGAGGUCUCAUGGUGAUCUGGGAUGUGGAGAAACAGUGUGCCAUCCAGCAUAUCCCUGCCACACAGCAACUGGAAAGUGUGUGGUGGACAGAGGACGGAAGCUACAUUCUCAGUUCGCACAGUGAUGGAAGUUACUGUCGAUGGAUGGUGGGUGGAGAGGAUGUGAAUGAGGAGGAGGAGAAAUCAGACAUUCCUUACGGUCAUUUUCCCUGCAAGGCCAUUUCUAAAAUAGUGCAGCUACCUACGGAAGAGGGGCCUCCGUUCCUGCUGUUCAGUGGCGGUAUGCCCAGGGCCAGCUACGGGGACAGACACUGUAUCACAGUGAUCCACAGUAAAACGCACGUAGCUCUGGACUUCACCUCCAGGAUCAUCGACUUCUUCGCCAUCAGAGACGGACCGCAGUACACAGGAGAUCCCAGUGCGCUGGUGGUCCUGGUAGAGGAGGAGCUGGUAGUGAUUGACCUGCAAACGGAGGGCUGGCCUGUCAUUCAGACACCGUACCUGGUCCCCCUCCACAGCUCAGCCAUCACCUGCUCCCACCACGUCUCCGCUAUCCCCCUCAAACUGUGGGAGAGAGUCAUUGCUGCUGGAGACCUGCAGAAGACACACUACUCCAAAAAGCCGUGGCCAAUAACAGGAGGCCAGAACAUGGCCCCAGAUCCUCCACAGAGAGACCUGCUGCUCACAGGGCACGAGGAUGGGACCGUGCGUUUCUGGGAUGCAUCAGGAGUCUGUCUGUAUCCAAUGUAUAAGUUGAGCACAGCUGGAGUGUUCCACACAGACGCUGACCCCAAUGAUAACAUGAACCAAGGCACUGAAGGAGAGUGGCCGCCAUUCAGAAAGGUUGGCUGUUUUGACCCCUACAGUGAUGACCCGAGGCUCGGCAUUCAGAAGAUCCACCUCUGUAAAUACAGUGGCUAUCUGACUGUGGCCGGCACUGCUGGACAGAUCCUGGUGCUAGAACUGAACGAUGAGGCAGCGGAGCAGACGGUGGAAGCUAAAGUCGUGGAUCUGCUGCAGGGCCAAGAGGGCUUCCGCUGGAAGGGCCACACUCGGCUGGAUGUUCGAGAGGAGCCGGUGCUGUUUCCUCCAGGCUUCCAGCCCUUUUCUCUGGUCCAAUGCCAGCCUCCUGCCGUGGUCACCGCCCUCACCCUGCACUCGGAGUGGAAGCUGGUAGCUUUUGGCACCAGCCACGGCUUUGGCCUCUACGAUUACCAACAGAAGAACACCGUCCUCAUCAAGUGCACCCUAAACCCCAGUGACCAGCUUGCCAUGGAGGGUCCUCUGUCCAGGGUGAAGAGCAUAAAGAAAUCCCUCCGACAAUCCUUCAGGAGAAUCAGACGCAGCAGAGUCUCGCUAAGGAAACAUCACGUCAACAACGCUGCUAAGCUCCAGGAGGCGAACGCUCGUCUGGAGGCCGAACUGGCCGAGAUGGAGCUGGCUCCGGUCCAGAGGAAGAUUGAGGCUCGCUCCUCAGAUGACUCUUUUACCGGUCUUGUACGGACACUGUACUUCGCCGACAGCUUCCUCUCAGACAGUUCACACAACACACCCUCCCUAUGGGCAGGGACCAACGGCGGCUGUGUUUUUGCAUACAUGCUCCGCCUUCCUCCCGUAGAGCACAGAGCAGAUGAACCAAUCACUGCACAGCCGGCUAAGGAGAUCCAGCUGAUGCACCGAGCUCCCGUUGUCGGUAUAGUGGUGCUGGACGGUCACGGGGCUCCCUCUCCCGAGCCCUUGGAGGUGGCCCACGACCUGGCUCGCUCACCUGACAUGCAGGGCUCACACCACCUCCUGGUCAUAUCAGAGGAACAGUUUAAGGUUUUCACGCUGCCGAAGGUGAGCGCCAAGAUGAAGUUGAAGCUGACGGCCACGGACGGCUCCAGAGUACGGAGGGUCGGUGUGGCCUGGUUUGGCAGCAGCCGGUCGGAGGACUACGGCGAGAGCGGCCUGGUGGUUCUGACCAAUCAGGGCGACCUCCACGUGGUGUCGCUGCCCACAGUCAAGAUGCAGGUUCAAUACCCCUGCAUCCGCCGAGAGGACGUCAGCGGCAUCGCUUCCUGCGUCUUCACCAAGCACGGCCAGGGCUUCUACCUAAUCUCUCCAUCCGAGUUUGAACGCUUCUCUCUGUCCACCCGCCACGUGGUGGAGCCUCGUUGUCUGGUCGAGGUUCCCCUCCAUUCAGGCUUGUCCAACCAACACAGGCCAAAACACGACGGAGCUCAUAGAAACGCCCGACAAGACAGUGAGGAUGCAGAAAGUGCAGCUAGACGUGUUAUGGAGCAUGCUUUGCUGAAUGACGAGAAAGUUCUUCAGGAGAUCCAGAAGUCGCUAGAAGGAGACCAGACGUCAUUCCUGGAGAAUAAUGUGAAGAGUGCUGUAGCUUGAGAGAUAUCUCUGGACAGUUGAGAGUGAACUGACACGUGGAUGUCUAUGAAGCGUACUGCAGUCCCGUAGCAGCACUCGCCUCCUGCUCGGCUGACAACAACCACUACUGACCCCUGACCCCUCGCCUCAGUGACUGACCUCCCCGCUCUCAGUUCACAACGGCCCCCUAAUAGAGAGACACUAAAGGGCUCUUGGCAGUAGUGCUUUCUGAGCACCACCGGGCUGUUUGAAGGCUCACUAAACGGUGCAGACAGAGGGUGAAGGAAGACACACCACCUGUGCCUAAAGACCACACGCUGUACACAGAUCAUCAGGGCAUGGUCACAACCAUUAACCCAAAGUUACAUGAAGCACAUUCCUGACAUGUGACCAAUGCCAUAAUUCAUUACACCAAGAUCAACGCCAGCAUCUCAAAAUCUGCCAUAGAUACCACUCGUUGAGGCUGUUUAACUUCAACCACGCCCACUUCAUCCUGGCAGCCUUUAUCACCACCAGCCUUUUCACGUGGAUUCUGCCAGUGGAAACGGUUCGUCCAAUCAACACUGCUGUGCAAUCUCACCGGCCUUCAUCUCCCUGCAUGGGACACACAGCUGCAAGGAUUUUUUUUGGGGGGGGGGUGAUUUGAAUAAUGUUGAUGAAAAUAUUUUGUAGCCUAAAUUUUAUGUCAUUUGUGCCAGAUUUUUAAAAUCGUUUUAAAUUUUUAUUUAAAGAAACCUCAGACUUUACUGCGGAAGCCCAUUUCUGCCAAGAUUAAAAAAAAAUGAUGAAAAGUUAGGAAUGAUAAAAAAAACUUCAUGCUAAGUCAAAAUUAUGUGAUACUAAAUCAAAACUAUAUUAUAAUAUAUUAAGAUAAAAUUGCGAUUUUGGUGGGGUUUUUAGUUUAUUUAGAAAUAUGUUGGGUUUUUUUUUUGACCCAACUCAAAAUUAUGAGAUGGUAUUAAAUAACUACAUUUGGACUUUCUCAUAAUUUUGACUUUUACUUGUUUCAUUUUUAUUUUUAUUUUUAAAAUAAGUCUUUUGUUUUUUUUGUUUUUACAAAUUUCAAAUCAGAAUUUUUAGUUAAUCACAUAAUUUUGACUUUUGACCUUGAAAAGUUACUAUUUAUAAUCUUACCUUGCUAAGUCAAAACUGACUAAGCAUGAAUAUUUUUAUUUGUCAUUCCUUAAAUUUGUUUGUUUUUCAUUUUUUGCAUAAAUGAGCUCCCAUACUAUUCAUACUAUCAAGGGAAAAUAUUGUCAGUGAUGCUCUAGAAUAGAGGAAAAAAAAGUUGUUUUAUGUAUGUUAAACCACACUGACUUUUUUUUUUUUAUGUUUCAGUCCACAUUUACUAAAUUAGUAAUAGCAUUACAAUCUGUAUACUGCUAACACCCUGUGCCCUGUCCCUCCCGUCCACUCUGUAACUUUGUAAACGGCCAUAGGUACUUCUCCACUACUCCGGAGCUCGCGAUGCUGUACUUUUUUUGGGGGGAACAGCUUUCUAUGGGGUUUGGUUUUUAAUUGUUAUGUAAACCAUUUUUUAUGCCAGCAAUGAAUAAUGUAAUUUAGGAAUGUAAUUGUAAGCUAUUGUAGUGAAAUGUUUUUAAUAUAUACAGUAUGUAUGUGACUCAGUCUGUACCUGUGGGCCUGUUGUAACGGGGUUGGCUGCUAUUUAGAUCGUACAAGGAAAUAUUUUGGUACUGUGUCUCAGAAUGCUGGGUAUUUUAGUGUCAGCCUAGAAUAUAUUUUUGUAGUGAACUGAUUAAGAACCCUAAUUUUUUUUUUUUUUGAUUUGUAACUUCACACUACAAUUGUAAUUAUUAUUACAUGUUUUUUCCCAAGAA